AUGGAGCGUGGUACCGUCAUCGCUACUGCUGAUGCCCGUCCCCCCCGAAUCGUUGUAGGUUCUCGGAAAGAGGACUUGGUAUACGGAAUACUAGCCAAAAAUGGGCUCCUUAGGGUACGAACAGCAAAGAAAUGGAUACCAUACGAAGACGUAAAACUCGACUCACGGAUCAAGCAUCUUAGUCGUUCUGAAGUGACGAAAUACUGUCGAAUCCGGCAAUAUCAAAUUAACCAAGGUGAAACAGUUAAUAACAAACCCAAGAAUGAAGUAACAGCCGUCACCCAAUCUCAAAGUUCUAAAAAGGCUUCUACCAGUUAUGCAGUACGGCCGCUACUCCCCAGACCACGGCAACGAACCAAAGGAAACACAGAGUUGCACAAGUCAAAGAAUAUACAGCGCCUCAACAAGGUAUGGCUUAGACAAGAAGAGCUUCGUCAGAAAGCUGGGAUGGUGGAGGCGAAGGUACACGGUCAGAUAAAAUAUGAGAGGAAAGAAAAAGGGCCAUUCGCUGGGUAUUACGCCUCAAACGGCCAAAUCCUGUGCAUUGACGACGAAGAUGUCAUUGAAUAUAGGGUUCUUCUGAGGCUGACCUAG